GCAGCAUGAACAAGCGUAUGUAAUUUCAGCUGAAAAUAGUAAUUCCGCUCCCCACGCAUUUUCAACGCCUCUAAUUCGGCCCAUUGAACCUUCCUUCUCUUCUUUUCUUCAUCGUAAAACGCAAACGCAAACGAAACCAUGAGCUUUGAACUCGAUUCUCUCAGCUACGCACUGCUAGCCUCCAUUUUCAGUGCAGCCGCUAUUCUUUCUGCUCGCAAUUCACGUGGACCUGACAUUCAUCCUUUACUGCUCAACACGCAAUCGGAUGUCUCGCGUGUACGAUACCCAGGCAGUAGUGCCGUUUACCGCUCACGAAUGUAUCCCAAUGGUGCACCUCUUCUUUCGACCAUUGACCGCACCAUUCGUACGCUUCGUGACUUUUAUCAAGCUGCCUUUGAAAAGCACAAGUCGAACGUGUUUGCUGGAAAGCGUGACAACAAGUCCUUCAACUGGUGCAACUAUGAUGCAAUCGAGAAAAAGUCCAAGCAAGUCUAUUCUGGCUUGGUCGGCACCGCAGGAUUGCAGCCAUUAUCUGAUACCGAAUCGUCGUUUGUAGGAUUGUAUGCAGCCAACUCUCCAGAUACAUUGGCUAUUCAGCUUGGAUGCCACUGCGGAGGCCUUGUGACCGUGCCUAUCUCUGCAGAGUCGACUUCGUCGCAUCUUUUGCACGUUCUUGAAAAAUCGCAUCUGAGCGUCCUUAUUGUUGAUGAUGGCUUGAUGGAUCGCGUAUUAUCUGUAUUGUCUGGGGCCAAGACGAGCGUUCGCUACUUGGUUGUCCUUGGCAACGUCAAUGCGGCAAGCAAGGAGGCGGCAGAGAAGUUGAAUAUCCAGGUGACAGGUCUUAAGGAUGUUGUAGCAAAGGGAUCCCAGGAUCCAGUAGAACAGAGCCAACCACAAAACACCAACAUUGCCAGUAUCUACUACACUUCCAACGACCACGAAGGUGGUAAGGCAGGUGCUGUGUUGACCCACAAGAAUAUUGUCUCAGUUAUUGCAAGCUAUAUGGCAGUCAUACCCCCUCAACAACGAAUCACUCCAAAGGACAGAUUGAUGCAUAACCUUCCUAUUGAUAAUGUGUUUGGAUAUGUUCUUACUGGUCUUAUCUGUGUCACUGGAGGAUCAAUUGCAUAUGGCGAUGAAGUUGGUGAUGGCGAUGUCAAAGUGGAUGUGUCAUCCAAUCUUUCGGCUGCUCUGGAAGCCAAGCCUACUAUUUAUGCAAGUGGCGCACCAUUCCUCGAUCAGGUCAAGGAAAACAUUGAAAAGCGGUAUGGUAAUUCGUUCUUGUUCCGUCGUGGCAUGGACAGAAAGCAAGCAUACUUUGCAGACGGUCGCUUGGUUGCAGACAGCAAGUAUGACAUGCUUGUUUUCCGAGACAUUCGACAAAAGACUUUUGGCAGCAACAUUCGUCUACUAAUCAUCGACAACGAACUGCAAAGUGGUUCUUUGGCACCAUUCUUCAGAACUGUGCUCGGUACACAGGUGCUUAAAUCUCUUAACCGACCAGAAACCUGUGGCACAACGACAUUGUCCAUGUUUUAUGACUACCUUGCUGAUCCUGCCAGCUGUGGUGCUCCUCUGCCAUGCAAUGAAGUCAAAUUGGAAGAUUUGCCUGACCGCAACAUGACGAGCAGUGAUACUCCUAAUCCACGUGGCGAAGUCUGGAUUCGUGGCAACAAUGUGUUUGCUGGAUACUGGAACGAUCCUGAAGCAACCGAGGCUGUGAUGGAUGCGGAUGGUUGGUUUAUGACUUCUGUGUUGGGCGAAAUGAUGCCCAAUGGCACCUUGAAAAUCAUUGGUUUCAAGUGAAAGAAGACUAAUUGAAAAGGCAGGAAAAUAAAGUAUAAUAUAUUUAUGUUGUAUCGAAUAUAAACUUUCCUCUGUGGUUUGAACUUUCUCGUCCGGAUCUGGCUCAAUUUCCGUUCUGAGCACUCGCAUCAUCGGUAAAACUAUUCGCCCGCUGACGAAACAAUACUCCAUAUGGCAGGAUAGCGUAAAUUUCCUUUGUUUAAAUAUUUUUUUUUUCCCAUAACAAUGCAGUCUUAGG